AAUGUAUUUUUAUAAUGACUAUUUUAUAUAUAUAUAUAUCAAUCAUUACUGGAAACAUCACUGUGCUCCCCCAGAGUCCACCCAAAGCUAAUAUAAACAUUGAGAUUAACUUUUCCCGACCAAGCCUCCCUCUUCCAAGCAUAGGCUACGGCACAAGCGUACUCCCUCCUCAACUGCAGUGAAUAAGAUACCGAGCGAAUGACGUUUAAUUAACGCAGAAAGCGCACCGACAUAUUCAGUUCCUAUUUAAUGAAAAAUAAUUACAAGAACACAAAGCAUUUUCAUAAAUCCGCACGGGGAGAUGUCAGGGAGGAGUUAAACGGUUUUCCGCUCACGGUGGGAGGAGAACGAGCGAUCAGAUCUCUUAAAACGGUUGUGUAACGUUAGCAUCAGGCAUCCCUGGGAACUGAACGAGUGAAGGGGUCAAAGGAACGAGGAGCACUGUCUUUUGUUUAUACGGCAGUCGCUCUUCAAAAAACAUUCCACAUUAGUUCCAGCUGCAGGUUUGCGUAAAAUCACAUAGCUCUGAUUUGCACUGCAGACAGAGAAAUAGCCUACACGAAGCAUACCUGUUAUUAAUAUAAAACAAUUCGAUAGUGAUUCAAUGGAGGAAUAGUAAGAGUUGUAAAAAGGGAGAAAGUAUUGAGAGAGAAGCGACAACAGGUAAACCAACAGCUUUCUUUGUUGGGAGUGUCUACAGAACUAAAGGCGAAAGGAUGUCUAAACCAAAUUAUUCUGGGACCUUUAACAUGGUGUCUCAAGAAAACAUGGAAAACUACCUCGGAGCUCUGGAUAUAAACUUUGCCCUGCGGAAGAUUGUGUGUAUGUUGAAGCCAACUAAACAGAUAAUCCAUGACCCAGCCACUGGCAGUAUGAGAAUCCGCACACUCACCACCUUUAAGAACUUUGACAUGGAUUUCCAACUGGGGAAGGAAUUCACUGAGGACCUAGGACCAGUGGAUGGACGAGUCUGUCAGACCACCGUUGACUGGGAGGGUGAUAAGCUGGUCUGCGUGCAGAAAGGAGAGAAGGAGGGAAGAGGAUGGACUCACUGGUUAGAGGGGGACAAGCUACACUUGGAGAUGAGAGUUCUUGGAGUGGUCGCCCGGCAAACCUUCAGGAAGGCAGACUGAACCUGUUGGGGUCUGGUCCCGCUCAUCAUUCAAACUGUUUUGUUUUCUGUUUGGUGCUAUUUUCCCAAGUACAUGGACAUUAUAGUCACUCUUGGUACAGAUUGUUAAAAAGCCAUUUAAAAUAUUCUAAGCAUGUUUUCAAUUGACUGAGUACAACACACAAUCCUUGAGUCACUUUUUCACCAAACGUAAUCGAUGUUUCAACUAGAUACACUUGAUUGGAAUUACAAUGCAUAAUUAUCUAAAUAAUUUGUAUACGAUUGUAUGCAAAAAUGUAAUGGAUUAUUCCAAAAUAUGACUACUCUUUUGAGAUGAUUAAAUUAAUGGACUACAGCUUUUGAAAAGGUUCUUCCACAAGGGUAUGAACAUUGAGGACAUUUGCUAUCACUGAGAAAUAAUCUUAAGACUGCCUUGAUGCAAUUCGUGCCUACUAAACAUAUUUCUUUAUAUUAUGUAAUACGUGUCAUAAAGUACUGUCAAAGGGUUUUUCUACAUCCACAAACAAUAAAUGGUGUUGUCACUCAAACAUGGGAUACAAAUUAUAGAAUUUUAGUAAUGAAAGUAGAUAUGGCCAAACUAUGCUUCAUUAGUGUUAUUUUAGCAGCAGGAUAUUAUGAUGGCAGCACUCAGAUUUUCUUUUUCAAAAUAAAAGCCGUAAUUUUAAUUUACAAGGCAAUAUAGUUAAUAAUCUAGUCCGUAUGAAAGAACAGACAAGAACAACAUUGGAACAAACAUUAAACAUAAAAUCUAAUGACUAGAUUAACUAUAUUGUCUUAUCAAUUUCAAUGAUGGCUUUUAUUUUGAAAAAGAAAAUCUGAGUUGGUGCUGCUAGCAUAAUAUCCUGCUGCUAGAAGAACGGUAAUGAAGCCUGGAAUUGCCAUCACUAAAUGAAAGUGUGUAUUGUGAAAAAGGUGAAAUGUACUGUACUGUAGCAUAUUACAUUGGAAGGGCAAUUUUAAAAUGUCUGGCAUUAAAUUGAUUAUUAAAACAUAUUUUGUUUAUUAAAAUAUAUUUUGUUUUGGUGAUUAAGACAAUGCCACUGAUUAUAUUUCCACAGUAAACAUAUAUUUUGAAUCAAUGUUGUUUGUGUAAAAGAUGUCUACUAACACUUCAAGUCUGACCAGUAUGGAGUUUUGAUUGGAAAAUUCACCACAUGCUUGUUGAAAAUAUUACCAUAUCAAUAAAAAAUUAUAAUAAUU